AUGGAGAAUGGGCCUCUGCAAGUUCUGACUGUCCCCACAGCCCCUUACCCCGACCAAAGACCCGGCACCAAUGGGCUUAGGAAGAAGGUCUACGUGUUUCAGUCCAAGAGAAGCUAUCUUCACAACUUCAUCCAAAGUAUCUUCUCUUCUAUUGACCUACCUGACCGCCAGGGCGCAACCCUGGUGGUUGGAGGAGACGGGCGCUUCUUCAACAGACCGGCUAUUGGGGUCAUCGCUCAGAUGGCAGCUGCCAACGGGAUUGGACGUCUUAUCAUCGGACACCAUGGGAUGAUGUCAACACCAGCAGUCUCAUGUGUAAUCAGGAAAUACAAAGCCAUCGGUGGGAUCAUCCUCACAGCCAGUCACAAUGCAGGUGGACCCAACGGAGACUUUGGUAUUAAGUUCAACACAGCAAGUGGAGGCCCAGCCAAAGAGUUAGUCACAAGCAAGAUCUACCAGAUCAGCAGAACCAUUCAGGAGUUUGCCAUUUGCCCUGGACUGUGUGUGGAUCUGAAAACCAUCGGCAAACAGACGUUUGAUCUGGAGAACAAGUUCAAACCAUUCACAGUGGAAAUAGUUGACCCUGUGGAGUCCUACGCUAACCUCCUAAGGAACAUCUUCGACUUUGCAUCUCUGAAGGAGCUUUUAUCUGGCGAGAAUCAUAUCAACAUAAGGGUAGAUGCAAUGCAUGGAGUGCUGGGUCCAUAUGUGAAGAGAAUACUGUGUGAAGAGCUGGGUUGUCCAGCUAAUUCUGCCAUUAACUGUGUCCCCUUGGAAGACUUCGGAGGUCAACCUCCUGAUCCCAACCUCAUGUAUGCUGCAGACCUGGCUGACAGCAUGAGAGACGGACAGUUUGACCUCGGAGCAGCAUUUGAUGGGGAUGGGGACCGUAACAUGAUCCUUGGUAAGCAUGGUUUUUUCGUCACCCCGUCUGACUCUGUGGCUGUGAUAGCGGACAACAUCUUCUGCAUCCCGUACUUUCAGCAUACAGGCGUUAGAGGCUUUGCCCGCAGCAUGCCAACAAGCACAGCCUUGGACAGAGUAGCCAAAGCAACGAAAAUAAAGCUGCACGAAACCCCCGCUGGCUGGAGGUUCUUUGGAAAUCUGAUGGACGCCGGCAUGCUGUCUUUAUGUGGAGAGGAAAGCUUCGGAACAGGUGGAGACCACAUCCGAGAGAAGGAUGGACUUUGGGCUGUGCUGGCAUGGCUGUCCAUCAUAGCGACUAGAAGGCAGAGUGUGGAGGAUAUUCUGAAGGAACACUGGCUGAAAUAUGGAAGAAAUUACUUCACAAGAUAUGACUAUGAGAAUGUAGACAUAGAUGCUGCGUGUGACAUGAUGGAGGAUUUGGAGAUUUUGAUAUCCGACAAGUCGUUUGUGAAGCAGAGAUUUGCUGUUGAAGACAAGGUCUACCAAGUGGAAAAAGCAGACAACUUUGAGUACACAGACCCUGUGGACGGCACCAUCACCAGGAACCAGGGGCUGCGGAUCAUAUUCACCGAUGGUUCCAGAAUCAUCUACAGACUUGGUGGGACGAGUGCUGACGGAGCCACAGUUAGGAUCUACAUUGACAGCUAUGAAAGGAAAUUCAUAUUUGAAGACACGCAGGUGAUACUGGCACCGCUGGCAACUAUUGCUCUGAAGAUUUCUCAGCUUCAUCAGAGGACGGGUCGAAAGGGGCCGUCGCUCAUUACAUAAAGCCUUCAAAUCAAUUUAUCUUCUCUUAUUUCUUUAUUACUGUUUUAUUGUUCUGCCUAUAUUUUUGUAUAAACAGAGCUGCAAAUUGAAGAGUGGAAGCAUCGUGUGCAGCGGAUCAAACUUCUGACUCAUCCGUGUAUUUUAGUCAUGCAUCUGGGAUAUAAUUGUGCCUGUUUUUGUUUGAGAUGAACUCCAUCUGCUUUCUGCUUAUGGGAUUUUUAAAUCCCCUCUAUUGUGUCUGAUUAGAGUAACUAAUUAUUCAACAGACGAUGGUUCUCUUUGCUUAUGCUCUUUUGUUUUUCUGAUGUGACUCAGCAUACAAAGAUUGUUUUCUGAAGACUACUGCUGAAUUCCCAUAAUUAGGGCAGUUCUGUUUGUACAUUUGAAUACUAGACAUUGAAAAGACUCCUUCCCUGAGGCUUUAGACUACUCUUUGGAUCAUUUAUGCUGCCUAAUUUGGGAAAUUCAAAACUCUGCAGUGAAUAAUAACCUAAAACUGAGCAUGUGUAAAAAAAAAUAAAAUGAAAUACAAACGUAUUAAAACCCAUUAAAAUCAGCACUCCAGAAAAUUAGAGAAAGAAAAACAAUGAAUACAUUUCUUACCCAGAGAGAAGGAACUCUUUGCACUAUUGUUGUGAAUAAACUUAUCUUUUGUUGAA